AUGACCUCCAGUUCCUCGCAGGUCGUAGGACCUAAAUCAAGCCCGUGCUUCAAUUAUCAAGCACCAAUACCAAAUAAUACAGGAAGAAAGGAUGGAUACUUGAUCUUGCCAAACUUUAACACAUCUACUGGCCCAAUCAAUCAAAAAUUGGCUAUCAUAAAGAAUUCAGAAUGUCCAGAGCUACUCAAAGUAGCAGGGCACACAAGCAUCGCAGAAGAUGAAGCUGCUUAUUGCCAUGAGAUGUUUUAUAACCAGCCAUAUUACGUCGCAUCAGGACCCAAAGACAAAGAUCCUGUCUUUACUGCGCAAUUCUUCGGAGAGAGAGGUGUCAAGGAUAUUACACCCGCAUACGAAGCCAUGAAGGAGGCUCGCGAAAUAGCACACCGAAAGAGCACGGAUCCAAACUCCCGAGAAGAUAUAUCGGAAUUCGAGCAGCGAAUGAUUGGUGGCUCUAAGAAAAAGAUUCUUCAAAAGAGGUCAUAUGUCCAAGGCUUCACGGUAACACAGCAGAAGGACGCGAUCUGUGCCGCACAGUUAAACGCAGCGAUAAUCGAAAAUGUCGAGUUGACUGGAAGACUCAACCAGCUUGUCGCAAUAGCUGCUGGCAACCUGCUAGCGAAUUGUGCGCCAAAAGAAGUAUUAGAACGUCUUGCCAAGCAGGCAGAGUCUGCUGUUCCUAUUACAUUUGGGCAUGAAGAUAACAGAUUCUUCUCAACUGUCCAAUACAACUACUCCGGUACAGAGAUAGCAUCAUUAGAAAUGAGCCUUGGUAAUUUUGGCGCUCUGCAUAUCGAUGGAAAUGACGACUCAGCACUGUGGACGGUGCUAUUAGUAUUGUCAAAUAUACCCGAGAGCUACUGGCCUGGCCGGACAUUUGUAUCUUCACUUCGAUUAUAUGCGACGAUGGCACCGAUGACUGCAUUGGUAUUUAAGGCGGUUCAUCCCCAUAUUAGUUUGGGUCCAAUUCCCAUGGGCGAAUCUAAGCGUCUGCGGUAUGCAUACCUGCCAGGAAACACCCAUAUAAUGGAUCCCGUACUCUAUAAUCAAAGCAGGUUAGUGGCCGUGUGCUACCCUAAGGGAACAGUCAUGCGCGAAACUCCUGCCCUAAUCCGUCGCUCGACGCCAAAAAUCCUUCGAACGAUCAAAGGGGUUCGCAGCAGCUUACCGGAAGCACAUCCGAUAGCAAUUGCGGCUUUCGGAACGUUGAGGAAUCAGAUGGAGUUUUUGGCAAGAUUAGAAGCUCAUGAUAAGGUCAAGAUGAACCGCAUUAAUCCAUCUUUGAAGAUGCCCACGGCAGGCUUAUUUGUGCAGCUGUGGAGCUGGGAGGAGAAUGGUGUUACUAUGACACCGAGGAUUUCUCGAAUUCAGGCUGUUUUAGACGGUGAUGGAGACAUCAAAGAGUGGUAUAAGGGCUACUCGAAAAAGUGCGAUGCUAUUCUGUCGAUGAGGUGGUUUGAUGGCAAUAAAAAGACGGAAACUAAUUGGGUAUCUACCGAAAAUAUUGGGUCGACAUUUGCUCAUUUAGAUCCCCUCGCAUCAACUGCUGCUAAGCCUCUUGAAGAAUUCAGCAAGUGGGCCAGGAAAACUAAUAACCUUCCAGCAAUCAAGCGAAACUAUGGCAAACUUCCCUAUCUAUGCCCCAGCUGCGAACUGAGAUUUUCUACCAAACAAAGGGUCAAAAUUCAUCACGACCUUGCACACAUGAACACAUAUGAGUGGCAAAUGCCCCAGCCAUCAGUUGAUCCAGCCCAUCAAGAAAGGAAUAGCGAGUUUGAUGAAGAAGGAGAAGAACAACUCGCCGAGAAGGCUGGUCUAGAGGACGAGGAAUGUUCGGGAGAAGAGGGACCUGUUUCGAAAAAGAGAAAGAGUUGA